AGUAUUUCUACUAAAAAUAUUAAAAAAUUCAAUGAGUUACCUACAAUUUAUUUAGCCCGAGUUUUAAAAUGUAAGCGCCAUCCUAGGUUCUAUAAUGAUUCCAAUCGUUUUCAAUUGGGUAUCUAUGAUUCUGAGUAAGGGGUUAAUAUUGUCACUACAUUAUUUUAAUAUUGCUAUAAUUAUUUACAAGCGGGGUUUCACUCUUUCAAACAAAAAAAUGUCUACAAUAUGAAUAUAAACCGAAGUAAAUAAACAUCUUGCAACAAUAUAACCACUAAAUCAAACUACUACUACCUACUUGAUAAUUACACUAAAUCACUGACACGUCGGUGAAAUGGCAUGGUUUUUACAUGUUGUUAUAACCCGAGAUACUAUCGAUUUUUCAUUCGGUAUACCGCCUGAACAAAUAUUCUAAUUUUUCUUCUUAACAUUUUUGUUAAACCAUUAAAAGUUUCAUUUCUAGCCAAUAAAAGCGUGCGCGUCAUGUGCGUUACAAACAAAAACUGCAGAGGGCGCACUGCAUGCAAAUGCAUUCACUCAAUUCAAUACGAUCGAAUGCGAUUGGGAACAAUUGACACAGUAAGCAGCCAUUUAAACCGAUACAACUUUUGAUCACUCUUAAUCGUCGUAAAUCGUUUCCAAUAGAUUAUUUCUAGAAGGGUCAUUUUACUCAAUAAACACUAGCAUUAAAUAUGUUUUCAUUAUAAGCAGAACUCCUUUUUCAAAUAAAACUUCAUGCAGUGAGAAAAACGGUUUACUUUUAUAAUUUUGACGAAAAAAGAAAUUUUCGAAUGUUUAUAGGUUAGUUCAGGUUAGUAUUAAGAAUUCAAUUACACGUAAACAUUAUUCAAUUGAAUAGAUUUCCCUUUCUAUACUAAUUUCUAUCUCCAAAAAGAAUACAGCUUGGUACCUCAAAAUUUUUCAUGCUAGCAUUUAUUUAGUAAAAUGAAGCGAUUGAAAUUUAAGGUUAGAGAUCGAGUCAAACAGCCUUAAAUAACAUGUGUGUGUGUGUGAACCCCUAUAAUUUAUUAUAAUUUGCAGGAUAAAAUAGAUUUUAUAAAAACUAUUGUUUGAGUAUUUUACAGAUUUCAACUAAAGUAAGUCAGGCACAGAAAGUGCCAUUAAAAUUAAAACAACUAAACCUUAAAACGGCUUAUGACAAUUUUUCGUCGUAUAAAGAGGGUGGUACAAAGAACAAAACAUUAAACGAUAGAAUAUUAUUUAUGAUCUGCAAAGACAGCACGCCAUUUUCAAUUUCUAAACAUGAAGGAUUUAAAGAUGUUUUAAAAUGUGCUGUUCCUCAAUAUGAAAUGCCAACAGGCAUCACUUUCUCGAAACUGCUUGAUUCGAAAUAUGAGUCUCUCUCCUUAAAAUACAAGCAAGAAUUGAAAAAAUCGGAGGAUUUGACUUUAACAUGUGACAUUUGGCGUGACACUAUGCAGACACGAAUUUUUUUGGGUGUAACUGCACAUUUUGAUAAGUAUGCAUAAAUGCAAGCGAUGACCUUCGAAAAGCACUUCGAAAAGUGUCAUGCGGAUAUUAGAACCAAUGGAGGAAGCAACUAGACACGUCUGCGGUGAAAAAUACGUCCCCAGCAGUAUAGUCACCCUUUAGUGUCUUGUUUAAAUGAAACUGCUGACAACUUAGAGCCAAAAACCGAAAUAGAAAAACAACUGCAGCAGCAGUUAUUGAAUCAAAUGACAGGUCGCUUCGCAAAUCAAGAAAAAUCGCAAAGAGAAGACAAAUCUGCUGAAGUCCCACAGCCAGCAAGUGGAAAGUCUGCAUCUUUGUGGAACGUACAUCGCAGAGUUGUUCUUGAAGCAUCACAGAGAAAGGACGCAGUAGAAGAAAGUUUCUCUCAAGGAGAUGAAUUGUCAGUAUUUUUAAAUGCUCUGAUCGUCAAUGAAAAAAAAUCCUUGGCAAGAAUGGUCAAAACUGGCUACAAGGUAUCCAAAACUGGCGAAAAUAUCCCCAAAGUUCCUUUCUAUUGCUGCAACACGCGUUCCAUGCGAAUGGUUUUUUUCGAAAGCAGACUACCGUUUAAAUAAACAAAGAAAUCGGCUCUCGGGACCAAAGUUGCUGAAGCAAUUGUUCUUGCAGUCGAUUUCUAAAGCAGAUUGAUAGUUCAAUACGUGGAAAGAAGUGUUUGUUUGUUUUUGAUACCCGUUUUUAUUAUAGAUUUAUGUAUAUACCACAUUAUAUUAUAUAUGUAUUUAGUAUUUAUUAUAUUUUAUAAUAUAAUGUUCUUU